AUGAGGUGGUUAUCAGUGGAAGCAUUUAUAAUCCUGCUUGGAAGCAACAUUGUAGCAUCCAAUUCAAUCUGUCCAAAUGAUCUGUCGGCAUAUUGUGAAUGUACAACCCAAUCCAACCAAGUCUACAUCUCAUGCCUGUAUCCUGAUCCUUUCAAUGUUACAAAGAUAUUGUCCACACCAUUGGACAAGUUACAACCAUCAUGGAUCAUUCAAUAUUUUGGAAUACCAAACAACAGCUUGAUAGAUCUACCUGAUGAUUACUUUGACGGCUUUCACACAAUAUCCGUUUUAGAUGUCAGCAGUAACCAUUUUACCUCUAUACCAAAGGCCUUGAAUCAAUUAUCUAAAACCACAGAGAUAAAUCUAUCAUUGAACCGGCUGGUCUCUCUCAACAUUUUGGAUUUAUCAGGUUUUAAAAGUCUAAGGAAAUUAGAUCUUUCAAACAAUAGCAUAACUGAUGUAGUUUUGACAACACCGGGUGUAACCAUGCCAACACUUAGGGAAAUUAACCUGAAUUCUAACAAUAUAACAAACUUUGACUCAAGAUCUCUUCUAACUUUUCCAAAUCUGAGAAAUCUGAUCAUGUCAAAAAACCCAAACUUUGAAGCCAUCAGUGAUGUAGAGUUUCCAGAACACAUGUCUGCCAUGAGAUUGGAAUCCAAUAGGAUAAAGACAAUUGAUGUUUGUAAAUUCCAGCUUCUGAAUGACCUUGAAAGCCUGAAUCUUAAUGACAAUGAUUUGGAGUGUACCUGUGAUUUCUUCAGCCUAUCUUUCUGGGUGGAGGCAAAUCGCGAUGAUGGCUUAGUGCAUGAGGUGCAUGGGACAAAACCAAACUGGGACUGUCUAGAAAAUGGCAUGACUGUCAAUUUAUCAGAUUUCGGAGCUCGAAUGUGUAACAUUACCAGCAUUUUAUUAACAACAAACAUGUGUGCAGAAAUCCAACCAGUUCAACUGCCUAUCAUCUCCGAAUUUAGGGUAAUCAUCACAUCAGCUGAAAGUGAGAACAUUGUCCUGGAAUGGGACUCGCCAAACACAACAAUUUUGUAUGGAUUUGUUGUGAUAGUCAGCUCUGAUGAUGAGCCAUUGUACAAGUCUGCCAUUCUGCACCCAGAUACAUUAUCUCACUCUGUACAAGGGUCUGAUGUGAAGUCGGGUAACUUUAAGGUCUGUGUACAGGUUUUACUGUAUAAUGAUACCAUAGUCGGUAAGGAAGACUGCAAGACAAUUCAUAUCUUCUCCUCACAGAUUAUAGUUGGGAUACUGGCUGGAGUUGUCUUCAUUGUACCAUUCAUGGCCAUACUGUUCUGUAUCAUACGACUUGAUCGCAGAAACAUCAACCAAUAUUUACAUAUACAAGAAGAACUUAAUUUUGAUGCAAAUAAAACUGAUGCUGAGUCUGGAACCAAAGCUGAAAAGGACAGUCGUCAAACUGAUGAGAAAAAGUCAACCACCAACUCGACCCUUUCCUUCGCACCCUCAAAGACAUUACCCCCAGUGACAAGUACGGCGUCAGAGCCUGCAGCAGCAGAGUCGGGAACGCUUAACCCAAGCUUUGUAGAUGGGGAGAAAAUUACAGCUAAGGAGCCUGAAUCUACCAUAUACAUAACUAAAAUACCUGUAACACAUGAUCCAAAGUAUGGUGCCAUCUCAUCACAUUAA